AUGCACGACAUUGAAUAUUUGCUGAAAUACCUAUUGGAUAGUACAACCUUGAAAAUAGAAAGAUUGCAAGACAUCACAAAUCUACAGCAAGCGGCCGCAUUUGAAAAGAAGUUUGGAGAUACAAAAAGAAUAAAGGCAUUCUGUACAGAGAUAGGUUCCACAACUUACUUUCCUGUGUUCGGCGUUCCACUAUCUCAAGAUUCUAUUACCCACAAGGUUAAGCUCUGCUCUGUUGCUGUUGGAGAAUCGAUCUAUGUGUCAAAGGAAUACGUCAAGCAAAUGAAUCCUCCUGGACACUACAACUCUUUCAUUACUAGUGAUCUAGGAUAUCAAGUGGGGUUUUUGGCUGAGUCUCAGACAGAUGUAAGGAAUUACUGGUAUGCUAUCAAGGAUCCAAGUAAAAUUCUGCCUCUUUUUGAGAUAACGUUUGAAUAUGAUGCAGAGCUAGAGAUGAGGUCGAAGGGAAGCUUUAUAUGCGACAGAUGCCGCAUAAGCCAGUCUACAUCUUUUUGCCCUGCAGAAAGAGCAAGUUUUUGUAAAGAAUGUGAUGAAGAGGUGCACAAUGACCAUUUUCUUAAAAGACAUGUAAGGUACUACUUCAAUGAAGUUGGAAAGAAGAAGUUUAUUUACUGUACCAGCCAUAUGGAUACAAUGGUAGAUUAUUUCUGUGAAGAGUGUUUUAUUCCGGUUUGUACUAAAUGUAAGAUAAGUGGAAACCACUCCGAGCUUCCAAAUGGAUCACAUAAUCUCCUUAACUAUGUAGAGGCUUGUGACAAACUUCAGGAUCUUUUAAAGGCAGGAGAACUUCGGUUAGUUGAAGAAGAGAAAAGACUUAAGGAAAACAUCGGUGAUUUCAAAAAAAAUGUUGAAGUUUUUCAGAACAAUAUCAGCGAUGUUCGGGGUAAAAUUGAGAGUGAAUAUAGAAAUUCUAUGAAUGAAUUACAUGCAUUUGAAAAAAGAGAAUUUCAGGUUAUAAACACCCAUUAUAUCUCGUAUCUUAUUAGGCUUGCCGAGAUUGAAAGAAUGAGAGAAUAUCCCUCUGGGCUCGAGCCUUCACAGCUUCUUAGAACUUUCAAAAGUGUUACUAUACAGAGAGAAUCAUUAUCUGAGGAUACUGAGGAGGACGUCUUUAAGCCUGCAGAAUUAUCGUUGAAAGGGCAUCUCACCCUUAAAGACGAAGAAAACUACACUACAAGAAAAGGGUAUUCUCCAAGAAUGGAGAAGAGUACCCAGCUUUAUGUGGAAACAAGAGGAAUCAAUGUCAAUUCGCAUGGAAAAGUAAAUAAUCCUUGA